AUGGCGGGCGGGCCCUGCGGCGGCGGCCCCGCGGCGGCCGGCGGCGGCGAGAUCGUGCAGCUCAACGUCGGCGGCACCAGAUUUAGUACCUCAAAACAGACUCUUAUGUGGAUUCCAGAUUCCUUUUUUUCCAGCUUGCUGAGCGGGAGAAUUUCAACACUUAGAGAUGAAACUGGUGCUAUAUUUAUUGAUAGAGAUCCAGCAGCAUUCGCACCCAUUUUAAAUUUUCUUCGGACAAAAGAAUUAGACUUAAGGGGGGUGAGCAUUAACGUUCUCCGGCACGAGGCUGAGUUUUACGGAAUCACCCCGUUAGUGAGAAGGCUCCUGCUGUGCGAGGAGCUGGAGCGCUCGUCCUGCGGCAGCGUCCUGUUCCACGGGUACCUGCCCCCGCCAGGUAUUCCUAGUCGUAAAAUAAACAGCACAGCCCGGUCCUCGGCCGAUGCCAGGAGCGGGCUGAACUCUGCAGAAGGGGAGGCCCGGGGCGGUGGGGCCCAGCCCGUCCUCUCCGCCUCUAGCGAGGAGACUUCCAGGCUGGCAGGAUUUCCCGUGGACCCACGCAAGGUGCUGAUUGUGGCUGGCCACCACAACUGGAUCGUGGCUGCCUACGCCCACUUCGCCGUCUGCUACAGGAUCAAAGAGUCCUCGGGGUGGCAGCAGGUGUUCACCAGCCCGUACCUGGAUUGGACAGUUGAACGAGUUGCUCUAAACGCGAAGGUGGUCGGCGGUCCCCAUGGAGACAGAGACAAAAUGGUUGCCGUGGCCUCGGAGAGCAGCAUCAUCCUCUGGAGUGUCCAGGACGGAGGGAGCGGAACGGAAAUCGGCGUGUUCAGCCUCGGCGUGCCCGUGGAUGCGCUGUUCUUCAUCGGGAACCAGCUGGUGGCCACGAGCCACACGGGGAAGGUGGGCGUGUGGAACGCCGUCACUCAGCACUGGCAGGUUCAGGAUGUCGUCCCUAUAACGAGCUAUGACACCGCCGGGUCCUUCCUCCUGCUCGGGUGUAACAACGGGUCCAUCUAUUACAUCGACAUGCAGAAGUUCCCUCUGCGGAUGAAGGACAACGAUCUCCUCGUCACCGAACUCUACCACGACCCUUCCAACGACGCCAUCACCGCGCUGAGCGUGUACCUCACCCCCAAGACAAGUGUCAGCGGGAACUGGAUUGAGAUCGCCUAUGGCACCAGCUCGGGGGCGGUGCGGGUGAUCGUGCAGCACCCCGAGACGGUGGGCUCGGGCCCUCAGCUCUUCCAGACCUUCACCGUGCACCGCAGCCCCGUGACCAAGAUCAUGCUGUCCGAGAAGCACCUCGUGUCGGUCUGUGCAGACAACAACCACGUGCGGACGUGGACGGUGACCAGGUUCAGAGGCAUGAUCUCCACUCAGCCCGGGUCCACGCCGCUCGCCUCCUUCAAGAUCCUGUCUCUGGAGGAGACGGAGAGUCCCGGCAGCUACACCUCUGCCAACGACAUCGGGCCCUUUGGAGAGCGAGAUGACCAGCAGGUGUUCAUCCAGAAAGUGGUCCCCAUCACCAACAAGCUGUUCGUCAGGCUGUCCUCCACCGGGAAGAGGAUCUGUGAGAUCCAGGCCGUGGACUGCACCACCAUCUCCGCCUUCACCGUGCGGGAGUGCGAGGGCUCCAGCAGGAUGGGCUCGCGGCCCCGGCGCUACCUGUUCACCGGCCACACCAACGGCAGCAUCCAGAUGUGGGACCUGACCACCGCCAUGGACAUGGUCAGCAAGAGCGAGGACAGGGACGCAGGCGGCCCCACGGAGGAGGAGCUGCUGAAGCUGCUGGACCAGUGCGACCUGAGUGCGUCCCGCUGCGCCACGCCCAGCAUCAGCCCGGCCGCCUCGGUGGUGCAGCACAGCCGGCUGCGCGAGGCGGGCUCCAGCCUCCAGCUGCAGCACCACGAGGCCAUCCCCGAGGCCGCCACCUACAGCUCCGUGCGGCCGUACCGGGAGAGCCCCCUGCUGGCCCGGGCGCGGCGCACUGAGAGCUUCCACAGCUACCGCGACUUCCAGAGCCUGCACCUGCACCGCAGCCUGGAGCGCGCCGUGCCCGAGGACGCCACCCCCGGGCCCAUCCAGGCCGAGGUGAAGCGGGCGGCGGCGGGGGACUGCGCGGGGCCCGAGGGCACGGCUCCUGGAGCCGAAGCGCGAGGUGCGAGGGAGGCGGACGGGGGGCCGGACACGCACAGAGCAGCCGAGGCCGGCCCCGAGGCCAAGAGGAGGGCGCCCGAGGACGAAGGCGGCGACAGAGGGGAGCCCCGCAGGAAAGGCGGGUUCGAGGGAGGCGGCUUCCUGGGCAGGAAGAAGGGGCCCCACCUGGCCUCCUCGCCCAGCACCUCCGACGGAGGCACCGACUCGCCCGGCACCGCGUCCCCGUCCCCCACCAAGACCACGCCGUCCCCCCGGCACAAGAAGAGCGACUCCUCCGGGCAGGAGUACAGCCUGUGA